GCGCCGCCCUCGCUUUCCGGCGCUGUGCGACGCUCAAAAUGGCCGCCCCCAGGGCGCCCCCAGCCCGCCGCCAUCGGGGCUGAGGCGGGAUGUGGGGGGCCCUGCUGCGCCUGGGGGGGCGGCGGGGGCUGGCGGGGGCCGCCCCGCCGCCCGCCGCCCCCUGGAGCCAGGUGGUGUCGGAGGCCGAGAAGAUCGUGGGCUACCCGACGUCCUUCAUGAGCCUGCGCUGCCUGCUGAGCGACGAGCUCAGCAACAUCGCCAUGCAGGUCCGCAAGCUGGUGGGCACCAAGCACCCGCUGCUCGACACCGCCCGGGGUUUUGUGUAUGACAGCCGAAACAACUUACAGAUGCGAGGUUUGGUCGUAUUGCUCAUUUCCAAAGCUGCUGGACCCAGCACAGCAGAACUCUCUUUCCAGCACAACAUGGUCAGCGGGAUUUAUUCCAGUCAAAGAAGUCUGGCAGAGAUUACGGAGCUGAUCCACACUGCCUUUCUGGUGCAUCGUGGCAUAGUAAAUAUCGGCGAGCUCAAGUCCUGCGAUGGCCCACUGAAGGAUAUGCAGUUUGGGAAUAAAAUGGCUGUUUUGAGUGGAGAUUUUCUUCUAGCAAAUGCUUGCACAAGCCUUGCUCAGUUGCAGAAUACCAAGGUUGUGGAACUCAUAUCAAGUGCUAUUGGUGACUUAGUUCAAGGUAUAUACUAUGAAAACUCAAAAUCAUCUGAGGAGAACUGUCUUACGGAUGACAUCGGGAUAUCUACGUGGAAGGAGCAGGUUUUCCUGUCACAUAGUGCCUUGCUGGCAAAGAGCUGCCAGGCUGCAAUGGAGCUAGCAAAGCACAGCGCUGAGAUUCAGGACAUGGCAUUUCAGUAUGGAAAGCACAUGUCUAUGAGUCAUAAGCUACACUCGGACCUUCAGCCAUUUGUUAAAGAAAGUUCUAGUGACAUCAUGGCCUUCAGUUUGAAUUGUGCUCCUGCAGUCUUUCAUCAGGAAUUCCUUGGAAGGGAUGCAUGGAUUAAACAAAUCAGAGAGGCACAAGGAAAAGGAAAUAUAAUGGACUACAAAAAGCUGCAAGAAGCCAUCAAGGCUGGCAAAGGUGUGACUUCUGCCAUCGACCUGUGCCGUCGCCACGGAAACCGAGCGCUGGCGGCCCUCGAGAGCUUCCCUCCCUCGGAGGCCAGGGCGGCCUUGGCCAACAUCGUCUACGCCGUCACCAGGUUCUCCUGAUGCCACCGCCGCUGGGGGCACCCAGCCCUGGCCUCCGCACCGAACAACAUUUGGGGGGGCGGGAGGGGAGAGAGAAAGAAAAAAGAAAAAAAAAAAGGGAUGGAAGUGAAAGAAAAAAAAAAAAAAAGGUCAACCUGUUUUUUUUUUUUUUCUUCGCUCGUCGUGCCAGAAGCGCACUCGAGGCAGCAAUAAUUAAUGAGGCCCGUUCGCGUGACCUCGGCAAAUGGACAGGAAAUCAGUGCCUAUUGAUUGGGCACCGGCGGGGACGGCGCCAGGGCGGAGGCCGGCGGUUUUCCUGCCCGGGGAGGCCGGGGUGGAGGCGGGGAGGGAGGAGGCAGGUGCCGCCGGGAGCCGGCGUGCCCCCGGUUUGUCACCACGAAGGGGAAUUAUCGGGGGGAAGAUCCUUUAUCUGCCUGCGUGCGGCCGGCCGUGUCUCCCCACGCUGUUUUUUAUGUAUUCGUGUGUAAAAUCACCCCGUGCUUAACACCAUCCCUGUUGGAGAAACUGGCUGAGAAAAUGUGUCCAGCAUGGUAAGUAGGAGCUUUAAAAUAUUUAAUCAAAUAUUAAUUUGGCUCUGUUAAGGGAAGCGACCGCCUGGUUUUUAGACCGUGCAUACAAAAUGUGCUGCGCUGGGUCAAAGAGCUGAGGUCUUCCCACCCUUCUAGGGGAAGGGAUAUCCUUCCCUGGCAUCAAGAAGUUUGUUGCAGCACAAGCUUACACAAAGCAGUUUCCUGGAUUUGCCACACUUUCGUUGAUUUAAGCCAAAUAAAUGCUAAUUUCUAGGGCUAAAUGUCAGCUUCUGGCAGAAAGGGGCGAGGGAUGUUCAGUCUUUCACCACUCUGAAUAAAAUGGAGAAAACGCUGGAGAAGUUCUGAACCUCAGUGUGUUCAAUUCUCGAGUCCAGCUGCAGAAAGCUUAUAAGGUGUAUCAGGAGCCUGCAAUGCGAGACUGUCUCUGUUUUGUUCAUCGGAGAUGAUUUUUGUGGUUUGCAUGCAUGCAAUCCGAGAACGUCGUUGACAAGAAGGCUGAGUUUACAUAAAUGAUCUAGAUUGAGACUCAGCUACCUUUCUUCCUUCUGUGGUGUAAUUACAGCCCGAUCUGGAGACAGCUAGCACAGCAAACAGAUUUCAUUACAUCGUUCACUCAAACACUAAGUGGAGUUAUUUCUGUUGAAUUCUCUCCUCCCUCCUUCUCCCCCUGCACUCCUCCCCCCUCUGUCACACAGCUUAUUUAUCACAGGCCGGCGCGCUGCAUUCCACCGAAUGCACAAUAUAAAUACAAACUGUAGCCUCUAAAGAUGUACCGAGCACCGCUCCUGCAUGAUGUACAUAAUGUUCUGUGUAAAUGAUGUCUGUAUUAUACUGUAGCAUUACAUGUAUAAUAAGGACACUCGAGACAGUCAUUGUAUGGCAGCAGUGUCCAAAACUCAGGACUUGCUUUAUUUUGGAGAAUGUCUUCAGCACCAGACCCCUUCUUGCUUGCAUUUUCUUUUUCUUGCCUCUCUCUCACCUCUGCCUGGUGCCACAGCAGGAAGGUGGAGGCAGCAGAAAAGCACCCAGGCGAUGGUAGUCACGGGCAUCUGCCUGAGCAAAACUUCAGGGAACUUCACAGGUGAAAAUGUAAGUGGUUAGCUUACAUCGUCAGUGGGCUUGCAAGGAAAUAUUUAAAUCCAACCCCAGUCAUAUUUCAGGCAGCUUUUUUGGAUCUGAUUUUCACUCAUUAAGGAUAGAAUGAGCCAUAGGUUAUCUUUAUCUCAUACCUACACUAAAUGCUUCAUCAUGAUUUACGGCUGCAAGGGGCUUGGGUCUGGCUGGAGAUAUUCUGAGCCAUCUCUCCUCAGUUAUGUGAAAGGAAUAUCAAACAUAUGCAAAAAACUCUGUACACCUGGUUUAUUUUUUUCAUGAAAGUACACUUUUUUUAUUUGUACUUUUUACUAAUAAAGACAAAUCAGCAAAAAUAA